AUAUUUUUAACAAGCAUUCGGCUACAUGCCGUCAGGUAAAUAAACAUAUUGUAACGUGUGGCGUGGUAAAAAUGUCCUCAGCUUUUCAACAGGCGAACGGUUUUAAACUAGCCCUGGGACUGUCGAAGUUGUUCGAACGAGAGUUUAAUCAACCGGACCUGCAUGACAGAGUUCUGGUGUUUGAUGUUGUCGCUUCCAAGAAGCACGAACUAAGCACAUCGAAUGUGAUAGGGAAUAAAAGUAGUGAAAACGAUGUAGUUUUCCAGAACAGUGCGGGUGAGGAUCAACGCGAACCUGGAAAUCAGAGCGGGAAAGUCGACAAUACUAGCGAUGAAAAUGAAACUGGAGUCCACGGCUGCAAAAUACUCCCAAUGUAUGCAAACGGUCAAAUCACGCAACAACAUAAAUUCUAUGUUCAUAGUUCAUGGUUAGCCGUGCAGAGUUCUUACUUUCGGUCCUUGUUUUUCUCUGAAAGAAAUACGCCUCGACGCAAAGAAGUUCAUGUGAAAAUUCCUAGAAUUUGUAUUGAAGAAGUGCGAAUACCGGUUUGCAAGCUGCGCUGUAGUGUCACGUGCAACUUGUAUCUUCUGGGCAGUGAUGAACUCGUCGCAGCCAGCGAGAACACGAUUUUUCAUGCAUUAAUGCACUGGAUUGAGAAACGCGGGAUUGAGAAUCUCUCAGAAAGUCGCGAGCUUCCACCACUAUUGUCUGUUGUCAGAUUUGAAUUGAUGACUUUUAAUUAUCUGUACGAUGUUGUUCAGCACCAUCCUAUCGCAAAGAUGCUACCAGAUUUCCAUGAUCAUUACCUAAGAGGAAUCAGUUAUCAUGCUCUAUCAGGAACAACACGACAACGGUCGUUACCUCAACCAGCGACAAGGAAAUUAAAUAAUAAAUUGCCCUGUGUUGCCUACACAUGGGAUAUACCGGGAGAUCAGUUGGAUAUGUUGGUGGGAAGCGAUAAAUCCUACAGGUCAGAUGAGUUUUGGUUUUGUGGCUAUAAAAUGGUUUUGGUCAUUGAAGAUGUUUUUCAGGUUGAAAACCAUGCGCUGUUCCGUGCUAAACUUUCUUUGGAAGUUCUUAAUUUGACUGACCGAAGUGAAGUAACGAUUAAAUGGAAGCCAACAAAAUCAGAUGUUAAAGAACGCAAAUAUCGUGGGCUGAGAGCAACCGUAAUAUACUAA